CGUCCUGUGUUGCUACGGAAGUGAUGGCUAACACGUGGAAGUAGUUGCAGCUUGUGUUUUCCUUUAAUUUCAGGGCUUAACAGUGCCUUUUUUCAUCGUGCCUUACUUGAUACACAUUUAUUUACGUUCUCCUUUAUUUUUUACUUUGAAAAGCUGCUGUAUUAUGGCAGACAACGGGGACGAUGACUCCCAGUACAGAAUGAAAGAAGGGGACUACGUAGUGCUAAAGAGAGGAGAUAUCUUCAAAGCUGCUCAAAUCGUAGCAAAAAAGAAGGUGAUCUUUGAGAAGCAGUGGUUCUUUCUUGAAAAUGCUGUGGGACAUUUGUACAACUCCACUUUUGAGAUCCAUGGUGGACACCUCCAGCUAAAGAAGACAAGUGAUACAGGGAGCUCAGCUGAUUCAAAGGAGGUGGCAGGUGUCGAUAACAGAAAUAUUGUAGAUGAUGGAAAAUCACAGAAGCUGACCAGGGAUGAUAUAGAGAUGCUCAAGGAGAAAGGACUAAAGGGACAGGAGAUCAUCCAGCAGCUUAUAGACAACAGCUCCACUUUCAAGGACAAGACUGAAUAUGCACAAGACAAGUACAUCAAGAAGAAAAAGAAGAAAUAUGAAAACAGUGUGACUCUUUUAAAACCCUCUUGUCGCAUCUUAGCUAUGAUGUACCAUGGCAGAGAACCUGGAAAGAUCUGUCACCUUCGAUACGACACACUGGCCCAGAUGUUGACACUGGCGAACAUUCACGCUGGAAGCAAAGUUGUGGUGUUUGAAACUUGUGCUGGUUUAGUUCUGGGAGCUGUUAUGGAGAGGAUGGGAGGCUUCGGCUCAGUGGUUCAGAUGUACCCAGGGGGAGGGCCUGUUCGCGCGGGGGUCGACAGUUUUGGCUUCCCCGCUCAUUUCCACAACACACUGCAUGAGUUUCCCCUCUGCCGAGUGAACGCUCUGCUCAAUGGGACUCUGGAGGCUGCAGGCAAAGACCCAAGCGCUGAUGAGCAAGCUGCUAAUGUGGAGGAAGAGCAGAGGGAACCUGAAGCAGAACAGCAGGGCAGUCCAGAGGAGCUCAGGAUGGAGACAAGUGCUGAUGUGACUGAGAGGCCAGAGCCAGAGGAACCAGAGGAGAGGGAGAAGGAGAAGCGGAAGGAAGCUAAAGAGCAGGAGAAGAAGCAGAGACUAGACGAGAAGCGAAAGAAACUGGCUGCUGCUGCUGCGGUGCUGGAGGGGAGGAACGCCGAUGGGUUGGUCAUUGCCAGUCGAUUUCACCCAUGUCCUGUUCUGAUGGGCCUGCUCCCUCUCCUCGCCCCCUCCAGGCCUUUUGUGGUGUACUCCCAAUACAAAGAGCCGCUGGUCGAGUGCUACACUAAACUCAAGGAACAAGGAGGAACUGUCAACCUCCAGCUCACAAACACCUGGCUCCGACACUAUCAGGUGUUGCCCAAUCGGACCCAUCCCGUGCUGCUCAUGAGUGGAGGCGGCGGCUAUCUUCUCUCAGGGACGACAGUUGCUUCUGGCCAAUCCAAUCCGGGCCAGUCUAAACCAGUGCAAACUAAACCAGGCAAGUCUAAAGCAGCUGAAGAGGAGCCUGCAGCAAAGAGAGUGAAAAGCACGGACACUGACGCAUGAGUGGGAGAUUGGUCUAAGGGCUCCACUGGCUCCUGUGCCUGGGAUGUUGAAUUGACUUGACAGGAAUAAAUAAGAGGGAAGACUGUCUGGUUUGAAUACAUCAGAUGUAUAACUCGAGUACAGUGGUUCUCAAACUGUCGGACAUGUACUAGAAGGACUGUCACAAUAACAACAGUUGAAACGAGCAUGUUCUCAAAUUCAUGGUAUUCUGGUGUUAGUUUAUGAUAUAUGAUAAAAUUCAGGAUUGACUCUAGCAAUGCAGGUUUUAAUCCAGGUUUUUCAGAUACCGAUUUUGAUACUUUGGCUUCAAGUAUCUGCCAGUACCCGAUGUCAAAGAAUACCAGAGCAGAGACUAAAAACGUAUUUAUUUCCUUUAAACACAAACGGCAUAAGGUAAAAAAAUGAUCCAAAUGUAUUUUCUAACUACAGAACAACUUUGUAAAGACACUAUUAUGAGUAUUGUUCUACCAACAUUGGCCAGUAAUCUUCUAUUACACCAAUUUAUAGACCAAAAUGAGAUAUCGCCUGAGUCAAGAUUGAUAUCCGAUCCACCAAAAAUUUCAGUAUCGGUGGCGAUAUCUGAUACCAGUGUCAGAUCAGUGCAUCCUAGUCUAGUUGCUUUUUUAUGUUGCAAGUUUAAUUGCAAUACUUUUUUUUUUUCUUUUCAAAGAUUUUUGACUGACCUGAUUUAGGAUGGUCAAGUUUUGCUAUUGUCAUUAUUUAGACUGGUUUAGUCCUGGUUUAGUCCUGGUUUAGUCCUGGUUUAGUCCUGGUUUAGAUCUGGUUUAUUCUUGGUUCAAUCCUGGUUUAGUCAUGGUUUAGACCUGGUUUAGAUCCGGUUUAGUCCUGGUUUAGAGGUGGUUUAGAUCUGGUUUAGAGCUGGUUUAGAUCUGGUUUAGUCCUGGUUUAGAGCUAGUUUUGACCCGGUUUAGAACUAGUUUAGUCCUGGUUCAAUCCUGAUUUAGUCCUGGUUUAGCUCUGGUUUACCCUUGCUUUUAUCCUGGUUUAGUCUUGGUUUAGACCUGGUUUAGCCUUGGUUUUAUCCUGGGUUAGUCCUGGUUUAGACCUGGUUUUGACCCGGUUUAGAACUAGUUUAGUCCUGGUUCAAUCCUGAUUUAGCCUUGGAUUUAUCCUAGUUUAGUCUUGGUUUAGACCUGGUUUAGCCUUGGUUUUAUCCUGGGUUAGUCCUGGUUUAGACCUGGUUUAUUUCUUAAUCUGAACACUUUGAGAAUCACUGUACUUCAUCAUUACAUUCAAAUUUUACAUUCAAUUCUAAAGCGUUACUGCUGUGACUGUGAGCGAGCUAUGAUAGUUCUUAGUGUUAGAUCUCUUAUUUUGAAAAGCUUUGCUCUCAGAAAUCAUUUGGCAAAGCAAUAUGUGCCCAUAUUUUUUUUAAUUUAGGAAAUAUUUUAGUUUAUUUAUUUGUCCUGUGCCAUAAUUUGUUUACCAUUCACACUUGUUUAUUAUAUUUGCACAGAAAUAAAACUACAGUAACAUUUG